CCCUCAUCCUCACUCCCCUCCCCUCUCCUCUCUUCUUCUCUUUCUCUCUCUACAAAAACAACCCAAGAAAACAAGACAUUCUCUCUCUCUCUCUCUCAGCACACUCUCCAAAACCCAGCUCCUAAAACCAUGGCUUCUUCUACCACAAUAGCAGCACAUUCCAGUACAUGGGCCAAUGCCCAAAUCCCAGAAUCCCUCUCAUGCACUUCUUUAUUUCAUUUGGGCUUCCCAUCAAAGUCCAACACCAUGAAGAAGCCCACUAGAGGAUUCAAAAUUUACUGUGCUGUACACUCACCUUCAGUGCUUCAUUUCCCAAAACAACCAUACCAAACACCAAAAAUUUUAAGAAAGGACUCAAGUCAUCACCACCACACUCACACUCCCAAAACAGCCCAACCACCACCACACUGGAACUUACUACAAAGAGCUGCAGCCACGGCCUUGGACUUGGCGGAGGGUGCGUUGCUCGCACGCGAGCGCUGCCACCCGCUUCCCAAGACCGCGGACCCGCAGGUCCAAAUCGCCGGAAACUUCGCUCCGGUGACCGAACAAUCAGUCCAGCACUCACUUCCGGUCACCGGAAAAAUCCCCGAUUGCAUUUGCGGCGUUUACGUCCGGAACGGCGCUAACCCGCUGUUCGAGCCGGUGGCCGGACACCACUUAUUCGACGGCGACGGCAUGGUUCAUGCAGUCACAAUCAAUGCCAAUUCAUCAGUUAGCUACGCUUGCCGGUUCACCGAGACUCACCGGCUUGUUCAGGAGAGAGAAUUAGGCCGACCGGUCUUCCCCAAAGCCAUCGGCGAGCUCCACGGGCACUCGGGUAUUGCCCGGCUGGCUCUCUUCUAUGCCCGAGGACUUUUGGGUCUUGUAGACCAUAACCACGGCAUCGGAGUUGCCAACGCCGGGUUAAUCUACUUUAAUCGGCGAUUACUUGCCAUGUCAGAGGAUGAUCUUCCUUACCAAGUCCGUGUCACACCCUCUGGUGACCUCGAGACGAUCGGCCGAUACGACUUCGACGAUCAGCUCGGGUCUACCAUGAUAGCCCACCCGAAGCUCGACCCGGAGACCCGAGAACUGUUUUCUCUGAGCUACGACAUCGUUCAGAAGCCGUAUCUCAAGUACUUUAAGUUCUCUUGUGAUGGAACCAAGUCACCGGACAUUGAAAUUCCCUUGGAUGUGCCUACUAUGAUGCAUGACUUUGCUAUUACAGAGAACUAUGUGGUAAUACCGGACCAACAAGUGGUGUUCAAGCUCCAAGAAAUGAUCAGAGGUGGCUCACCGGUGAUCUACGACAAGAACAAGAUGUCGCGGUUCGGAAUUCUAUCAAAAAAUGCUGAAAACGCAUCGGAUAUUAUCUGGGUCGAAUCGCCCGAUACGUUCUGCUUCCAUUUGUGGAACGCUUGGGAGGAGCCGGAGUCCGAUGAAGUCGUGGUUAUCGGUUCAUGCAUGACUCCGCCGGACUCCAUUUUCAAUGAAUGCGAUCAGAAUUUGAAGAGUGUUUUAUCGGAAAUUCGGCUAAACUUGAAGACCGGCGAGUCGACUCGCAGGCCCAUAAUUCAAGAGCAAGUGAACUUGGAAGCUGGGAUGGUGAACAGGAACAAGCUCGGAAGAAAGACCCAGUAUGCUUUUCUAGCCAUUGCUGAGCCGUGGCCUAAGGUGUCUGGGUUCGCCAAAGUCGACCUCUCAACUGGACAAGUUGAGAAAUUCUUAUACGGCGAUAGAAGAUAUGGUGGUGAGCCGUAUUUCGUUCCGAGAGAUCCCAAUUCCGAUAGAGAAGAUGAUGGGUAUGUUCUCGCAUUCGUUCACGAUGAAAAGACAUCGAAAUCGGAGCUGCAGAUCAUAAAUGCCAUGAAUUUAGAGUUAGAGGCUUGUGUUAAGCUUCCUUCAAGGGUACCAUAUGGUUUUCAUGGGACUUUUAUAAGCUCAGAAGACUUGGCAAAGCAAGUGUAGUGUGGUUGUUAUGAUGUGAAGAUUAUAUAUAGAGACAGGAGUGCCCGGACUCCUAUGAGCUUUUAACCCUAACAACCAUUGUGUUUUGAUGGUUUAUAGGUUAUUGAGGAAACCAAGCUUGUAGCUUUUUGGAUGUGUAGGUAGCCACUACGUAGGGUAGUAACCAAGCUCAGCUGGUUUCUGUUUGGUUUCGGAUUCAUUUACUACCGUGUUUUUUUGUUCCUCUUAUUUGUCAUCUUGUUGGUAAAAUUAAGGAUCGUCUGUCUCCUUCUG